AUGGAUGCCUUUUCAGAAAGGAGGAGAGUUCCUCCCCUCAACCUGAACCCCAAGCCUCUUCCCGAGGAGAUCGAGGUAGACUUGCGGCUCAACAGCAUUAUGCGAGGCAUGGGGGACAGCGAGCCGGCACACCAAACAGUCUCCGGCAAUGUUAAGAGGCCCUCAUCAGCGUCGCGCCGUGGUGUGACUCCAGGCUUCGAUGACGAGCACGAGAUUCUCUCGCGCCUAGAUAGCAUCAUUCGAACCGCAGAUGGGAGCGGGCGGUCCACUCCGGCAAUGAGUGAGAGGGGUUUGCCGGCGGCUGGGAGAGACUCGGUUAAACAAACCCCGGAUGGUUUAGGUCCCAUCAAGCAAACCCCUGCUGGCGGAAAUACCGUCAGGCAAUUCCCUGACGAGCGGGACUCCGCUAGGCAAACCCCUGAUGGUAGAAACUCGGUCAGGGAAACACCUGAUGGUGGAGACUCGUUCAGACAAACUCCUGAUGGAGAUUUUUUGGCCAGGCAAACCCGUGAUGGGAGGACCUCGACCAGGCAAACAGCUGAUCAGAGGGACUCUGCUAGACAAACCCCUGACGGAAGGUAUCCAGUCAACCAAACCUCUGAGGGUGGGAACUCGCCCAGACAGACCCCCAAUUAUAGAAAUUCGGCUCCGGAUGGUGGAAGCUCUUUCAGAAAAGCCCCUGAUGGCAGAGACUCUGCGAGGCAGACCGAUGAUAUUGCGGAUGCAAUCAGGGCAAAAGACCUGGAGAAGAACACCGAGGGGAGUGGGAGACUGACUCCAGCUCACAAGGCAGAAACGGGGGUGCCAUUCGGGGGAGUGUCAGUGAAGCAAACUCCUGAACCCGUUGCAGUCGAGCGGCAGGCAUCUCACAGGGAGUUGCAGGCUGAGAGAGGCAUCUUUGGUGCUCCGGAAAGCGGACGGUCUUCCCCUGCGCUAACUGACAGAAGUGCGGUAGAGACCAGGCAAGCGUCAGCCAGGCAAAGCCCUGUCCCCGCAGCAAUUAACAAACCAGAAGGCAUGCUUCAUAGCGUCAAGAGCAUUGUGCGCGGCAUUGAGAACGGAGUCAGAGAAGAGGGAGAAAAACCGUCCCAGCCAGCUCAAGGACCGUUGGCGUUUGGGGAUCGAUCGGGCCUCAGUAUGGACAACCCCAUGUUUGAUCUGGAGGAGAUCGAAGAUGUUGAAGUAAGCUCUCCAAAGAUGGUAGGGGUGAAAGGAUUCCGAGGAGAGACGCCAAGAACCCCAGCAGAAGUGGAGACUCCAGGUCGGGGGAGCGCAGGCCAAACGAGCGGCGGACGAACCUCGAACACGACGCCACUCCCGAGCGGGCGUGCAAACGGGACGCCGAGAAGCGGCUCCCCUCAGGUGACGUCAGCCCGCCAGCUGAUGACUUCAGCGAGCCUGGCGAGCGACGAAGAAGUCUUCUCUCGCCUCGACAGUAUCGUGCGGAGCGUCGGGGAGCCAGGCAGUGCUGCGCACUCACGGCCCGCUUCAGCGAGAAUGGGGCCGAGAGAAGAGCCUGAGGAAAUUGACGAGAUGGAAGAGGAGUUGCCUUCGGAUGCAGAGAAGGAGUGGACCACUCAGAAGGCGACAGCAGGCGGUCGGCCGUCGUCAGCACUCCCCUCGAGAAAGUCGACGCCGCAGAUGUCAGCCCGAAGCGAGCAAAGUCCGGUCAGCUCUCGUCCGGCCAGCGCGAGAAAACCUUCCGACGCGGCUGCAAAAACUGCCUCCUCGCAGCAGGCAAAAAAUCGUCCUAGCGCUGACGUCAGCCACCGGAGCAACGACGUCACCCCCCGGCAGGAGAGCGAAGGCGUGUGGUCCCCCCCCGUCGUGAGACGCCCCUCUGGCGCUCUGGGAAAUUACCCCCCUGCCGACGAUUACGCCGACGAUUUUGAGGGGGGUGCGGAGGAAGAAAUCGUCGAGGACGAUGGGCCCGAAACGCCAGAGGACCAAGCCCCCCCCCGCGUGCUCAACCGCAGCGUGCAGGAGAUCCCACGGGAGAACGCGGACGCGUCCGGGUCCGAAGCCGCGCUGCCCGUCCGCAACUUCGGACCGCGGCCGGCGAGCGCGUACGGGCCACGUGGCACGAGCUCAUCCGCCGGGAACUUCGUGCGGAGCUGGGGGGCGACUCCGUCAGACGCGAGCACAAGCGGAAGCCGGGACGAGGUACCGGAUCGGGGGGUUGAUUCUGAGGGCAUGGGGAGGGGGGGCGUUGUGACGAGCUCCGCUUUUGCAAACGGGUUUGACAACCGGCCGUGGUCGGCGGGAUCUGCCCCGGGCAUGGGUCUGCAUUCGGGCAGUCUGGACGGAGACUUUGACCGGCGGUCGGUUGAUCUCGGCCCGGUCAGGCUGGCGAAGACGGGCAGCUUUGGCUCGAGGGGGGGGUCUAAGGGGAGCGGCAUGUCGAAGGACGAGUUCCGAGUGCACUUUGAAAACGCGGAGCCUGCGGACUCCGAGCCUUCUCUCAGCCAGGCUUCCUUCAGCCCCUCCAAGCCGUACGCCAGCUCAUCGCGGCCGACGUCAGCGAGCGCGGGUCCCCGCGCGCGCGAGAUCGCGCGCACCCUGGAGAUGCACCCAACCCAAUGGGGCGUAGCCGAAGUGUGCCACUGGAUCGAACACAUCGGACACGGCCAGCACCGCGUGCGGUUCGCGCACCACCGCAUCGACGGUCCUCUCCUACUGCGCCUGACGGAGGAGCAGCUCAAAUCAGAUUUGGACAUCCGGUCGUUGGGGCAGCGCCAGAGCAUCGCCACGCAGAUCGGGGCUUUGCGGGAGAGUCUCGGACUGGCCUCACAGCGGCGGUCCUCCAGCCCUAAGCGGCCCUCGUCCGCCCCUCGGAUGCGCGCGAGCGGUGACCUCACGUCGUCGUCAGCGACUCUGCGCGAGGAGGAGCGGCGCAGCAAGCUCGCGCGGGAGCUCGAAAAGGCCCAGAUGAGGGCGACCAAGGCGCGGAUGAAGGCGGAGGUGCUCACGUACACAGUCGGUCAAGCGGAGUCCGAGGUCGAGCGGCUGCACGCGGAGCUGGCGGAACUAGAGCGGCGGGAGCAAAAGCGCGCGGCGGCCGCAGGGAAGCAGCUGCCGCUGUGGCGGCCGCCGGGCGAGCACAUCGCGUCGCUGGGGGGAAGCAGCGUGGCUUCCAGCGAUUACGGCACGUGGUUCAAGCCGCAGAUCAACCCCAAGUCCCUCGAGAUGCUCCAGUCGACGGAAGGCUCCUCGGACUUCCUGCAGCGGAUGACGAGCGACUUGACUCAGCGCGCGCAGAAAGUGCGAGAGAAACGGCAACAGAUCGCGCUGGGCUGGAGGGGCGGCUACGAGUUCCUGGAGCAACAAAAGCACAAGACGGAGCAGUUCUUGAAAGAGGUGCUCCAGCAAAAAUUGGACGUGUCCGUCGAAGAGCUUACGGACACCGUGGUGGAUACGCUAUUGGACGAGCACGGCGGGGCGCUGGAUCUGACCGACGACCAGCAGGAGAACCUGGCGCGGGCGCGGGGGUCCAAGCGGCGGAUUCUGCUGGAGCAGUACUUGCGCGGCAACGAGUUCAUGAGCCGGCUGGAGAACGACCAGCGCCGGCGCGACGCAAGUCUGCGCGAGUACCGCGCGCACCUGGAGAUGAUCGACACCAUCUCGCGCAACGGGAAAACGCGCGACCAGCGCGAGCAGGACGACCGGCGCGCGGCGGCCGCGCACUUUAAGGAGCUGUGGCCCGCGUGGGAGAUGCCGCCCGCCGGGAGCGGGAGCGGAAGCGGAAACGGAAGCGGAAACCCCGCGGCGGGUGCGAAGCCCGACGAGGCAACAGAGGAGCCGGACUCCGCGUCCAACUCCCUGCUCGACUCCCUCCUGGAGCAAGCGUUGACCCAAAAGCAGAACCUGGCGAAAUACGCGAUCGUGCAACAAAACGAGAUCCGCCGGGGGUUAGGCCUCGUUCUCUUCGAAGGCGAGCCGAUGGAAGCGCGCGCUUCGAGCAGCGUCGGUCAGUACGGGGCCUCGAACGGCAGAGGGAACCAGUCCCCUGCGGCGAGGCCCCAAACGGCGGGGAGAGCGCGGGAGGAGAAGGGGGGAGGGGAAGGGAAGGUGCCCAUCAUGCAAGAGACCCUGUGGAUGAUUUCCAGACUGAAGGCAGAUGAGAUCAAGCGGCUGCAGCAAGCGCGGGGGGAGAAGAAAGUGAUGGCCGUUUACCGGGCAUUCCGGGCCCAGCAGUUUGUCCGCAAGAUGGAGUUCGACAAAGAGGUGCGCGACUUCAAGCUGGAGCAAAAACUAUCAGAGCUGCGGCGGCGGCCAAAGUCGGCGGGCAACGCGCGGGAGUUCAUGAUGCGGCUUGAGGACGAUCUACAGAAGCGGAAGGAAAAGGAACAGGCGCUAGUCAAGCAGAGGAUCCUCACGGAGGGGCCCUCGGCGGUGCCUCCCCCGAAACAAGCCAACUGGAGGUCUUAG